GACCAUGUGGGAAAGAGCGUUUCUGCUGCUGCUUCACUGUGUGGAAGCUGCAGUGGCGUCUGGCUGCUGGCAGGGGGCGACCUUCUCGGAGGCCGUGGUGUCUCCGGCGUCGGAGGGCAGCGGGAUCCUGCGUGUCCCCGGCGUGGCGUCGCUACCUCAGUGCGUGGCCGCGUGCUGCAAGCUAACGGGCUACGAGCUGGCGUGGCUGUUCGAGGGGCGAUGCUACGUCCUGCGCUGCCCGCGGGCCGAGGCCUGCGCCCCCCGAGAGAGACCGGGCGCAGAGUCACGCCUCGCCUUCCUGCGGAGAGAGACCCCGCAGAGCCUGGUGCUGCAGUCUCUGGUGAGAGGAGAGCCGUAUGGUGGGGACCUGGAGGCCCUGAAGGACCUCGCCCUGUUCCCUGACCUGGAGUAUCCAGAGGAGAGCCAGGAGGAGAGGGGAGCCAGGUUCAACCAAUCAGAGUCCGGAGAUGCUCCAGAGGGGGGGCCGACGGGAAGCAGUGUGGACCAGAUUAAAGCCUCCUCUGAGGGGAACAUCAGCCAGGGAGACGAGCACAGAACCAGGACACCGACUGACCCUCCUGCUGCAGAGAAAGCUACUGAAACACAAAGCAGCUCUGGUUCAACGUCCCUGCCGCUGUUACUGCUGCAGGAACCCACAGCUGUCUCCACUCAGCACGACCAUAUAAGGACUUCCACCACCACCGCCGCGCCUCAUUGGCCGGUCAGCACACAGCCAGACAUGCUGAAGGUGCUGCAGUCAGCCAGACCUCCACCCACCACCAUCACAUCCACGAAAAGACCCGUGACCCCUGACUCCCAGCACCACAUCGACCCCCGGCACCAGCUUGACCCCCGGCACCAUCCCUCCAACAGUGACCACCCCCAGUGCUACAACCACUGCAACCACUGAGUCUGGGUCAGAGGUCGGUGGGUCAAACCGUGGCCCGCUGGCCGUCGUGGGUCCUGACAGGAAGCUGGUCCUCCCUGUGAGCAGCUUGUUGCUCAACGGCAGCGGCAGCACCGACGACCGCGGGAUCGUCAGCUACCACUGGCACGU